AUGCAUGGAUCUUUAACUGGUUCACAUCGUCGAUCAUCAUUAAAUCAUAAUGAAUCAGAUGUAUUAUCAUCAUGUGAACAUACACUUCCUGAUGAUCAACAUAUAAAUAAAUUUUCCAAUGCAGAUCAUCAUCACAUUAGUUCAUCAUCAACAAGUGAUAAAAAAAAUGCAUCUGUACAUCUUGGCGAUGUAAUUGAAGAUGAUGAAGAUGGAAAAGAACCAACAUCAUCGAUAACACAUUCAGCUGAUUUUUUUCGUUGGACACAUGGCCAUCGUCGUGUUAUGUUAACAUUCGGUACAAUAUGUCUGUUUGGUUUUAUGACCGGUGUUGAAUAUGCAGUUAUUUUACCAACUGCAUUUGAUUAUGUUAAAACAAUGACAAAUAUUAAUGUCUAUGUUGGAUUAAUCCUUUCUUCUUAUAGUAUAUCCGGUUCAAUAGCUGGAGUAAUUAUGGGAAAAAUCUCUGAUAUGACCGGCAAAGUUAAAAUUCUUAUACUCAUAUCAAGUAUAUUUGAAAUAGGUGGAAAUAUUCUAUAUUUUGUUACCAAUAAUAUUCAUAUUGUUCUAUUGGGACGAUUGAUUGCUGGAGUUGGUUUAGGUGCUGUACCACCAAUUCUUGCGGAUGUAGCCCACCGUACAACAGAAAAAGAUCGUACCAAAGCGAUUUCUAUUAUUCUUGGAUGUCGACAACUUGGUUCAGUUCAUGUGAAUCAUUACAAUGGCCCAGGAUUUUUAAUGACAUCUAUAUGGUUAACACUUCAUAUUGUUUGUUGGUUUUGUUUUUAUGAUCGUACUCCAUCAACAACAACAGGACCAUCAGCAUCAAAUGAUUCUCCUAAACAUAAAUAUACACGAUCUGAUCAUCCAUUAAGACAAGAAGAACAAAAAUUAUCAUAUAAAGUUUAUUUGGAUCAAUAUAUGCACAUUGAAAUGUUUGUUUUAUUUUGUGUUACAUUUAUAGCUUAUUUCAAUCAAACAGCAUUAGAAACAAUUGUUGCUGCAUUCACAGAAAAACAUUUUAAUUGGAAUACAUUUCAUACAUCUAUAUUAUUUGCAUUUGCUGGUUUAGAAAUUAUUUGUGUGUAUCUAUCACUGGUAUUCUUUCUAUCAAAACGAUUUGAAGAUAGAUUUCUACUUGUCUUUGGUUUUAUAUCAUUAACACUUGCUUGUACAAUAGGAACUUUUUUCACUUGGGCAUCACAUUCAUAUGGUUGGUCCGGUCAAUCAAGUACUGGCGUUAUUGAUAAACGUUUAUUUUUAAUGUUUAUUAUUUUCGUUGCUCUUGAUUUACUUGGUUUACCAUUUUUAGCAGCUACUAGUGUAUCAUUAUUUACAAAAUUAACUAUUAAAGAAUUACAAGGAUUUUCACAAGGUAUUCAACGAUUAAUUAUGGGCAUUGGAACCAUAUUCGGUCCAAUAUUUGCAUCUUCUCUUUUAAAUCGUCUUCAUAUUAUGAUGACAACAAUGCUUGGAUUAACAAUAUUUACCCUUAUUGCAUUAUUUAUUGUCCUUAAACGUUUACGUCCAUUAUCACAAAAACCAACAUCAGAUGAAAUAAAAGAUGCAAAUAAUAAUUUAAAUAAUACUGCAUCAAUGGAAGAUGACAGUGAUGAACCAGCAUUACCAUUAUCAUCAAAAAAUUGUUAUGUUACACUUGUUCAACAUGAUGAUGAACAAAAUGAAUAUUUAUAUAAUAAAAAUUCUAAAUAUAAUUCAUUAACAAAACGUUUAUCAAAUAGUUUAACAACUAAUCUUGAUUCCCAAUUACGUUCAUCAACAAAUAAUACACAUCGGUAUGAUACAAGCUCAACUAAUGUACUCUAUGUAUCAGAUGAACAAAAUCGACCAUUAAAAACAUAA